CACAGUCAGCCAAAACGUCCCGGAAGUAGCUAUAGGGACGUGAAUGUCAAACUUCUUUACUUUUUAGAAAAAUAUGAGCGAGAGCUUGGCAAAGUAACAGAAGUGUAUAAUAAUGUGUAAUUAUGGGCGUUAUAUUAUAACGUAUGUCAGAGUUAACGGGCAACAAUUAUGUUAGUUGGUUUUAUUUUGAAAGUGUAGCGGAAGCUGUUACUCUGUUGCGUUAAGCCCGCUAACUAACGGAGAAACUCGUUCAUGCUCCUCUGUUUGGUUAGAAGGCGGAGUUCAGCCAGCAAAGUCUUCUCUGAAACAAACACAGGAGUCAGUCGUAGUGUUCACUUUGACUGAAAUAAACUGUUUUGUUCAUUUGCACUUGAGGACGAACCUUCGUUUGUGGUCCGGACCGCAGUGGAAAGCGGGCUAAUAACGAGGUUACCGUUUCACCUGCGGGACAAUUACUCCAACCACCGUGACCUCGUGAUAGGUGGGAGUUGAAAAUGAAGCGCCUCUCGUUACUGUGCCUGGUUGCGCUGGUCGCCUUGUAUGGCCAUAAGGGUGUGCUGUCCCAGCCUCCUUCCUACGGUGAACGGGGCUCUGAUCUCGGCAUACAGGUGUUUCAGCAAGUGGUUCACUCCAAACCCCAGGAAAAUGUGGUGCUUUCUCCCCACGGUGUAGCUUCCAUCCUUGGGAUGUUGCUACCCGGAGCUCACGGAGAGACUCGGAAGCAGAUCCUCAAUGCUCUGCGCUACAAGAAAAAUGGCCCAUACAAGAUGUUGAAGAAGCUGCACAAGACCUUAACAGCCAAGUCCAAUCAGGACAUUGUGCUGAUUGCCAAUGCCAUGUUCAGCCAGGUGGGCUUUCCCAUGGAGCAGGCCUUUGUAACCACCAACAAAGCCAACUUCCAAUUUGAGAGCAGGAGCUUGGACUUCAGCAACCCCCCUGCGGCAGCAGAUGCGAUCAAUGAAUGGGUCAACAACAAGACUAAAGGUCACAUCCCCAGCUUGAUCAAAGCAGACAUGCUGGAUCCGUCUCUGACCCGCCUGGUCGCUGUCAACUCAAUCUACUUCAAAGGCUUAUGGAAGUCCCGCUUCCAGCCCGAGAACACCAAGAUGAGGCCCUUCACCAGGGGCGACGGAAACGUAUAUAAAGUUCCAAUGAUGUCCCAACUGUCCGUCUUCAACAUCGGCAUGGCCACCACACCUCAGGGGCUGAAAUAUAAGGUGAUCGAGCUGCCCUAUCACGGCAACACCAUCAGCAUGCUGAUAGUCCUGCCCUCCGAAGAGGACACGCCUCUGUCCCGUGUGGUCCCACACAUCAGCACAGCCACAGUGCAGAGUUGGACCAAACUGAUGCACAUGAGAAAAAUCCGCCUGCUCAUCCCCAAGUUUAACGCUUCAGCAGAGGUAGAUUUGAAUGACCACCUUUCUGCGCUGGGAAUAACAGACAUGUUCACUGAAGGCAAAGCUGACUUCAGACACCUCAGUGCUGAGCCUGUGCAUGUAUCCAAAACACUCCAGAAAGCCAAAAUCGUGGUGAAUGAGGACGGAACAAAAGCAGCAGCUGUCACUGCUGCCAUUUUGCUGGCUCGGUCCUCUCCACCUUGGGUUACAGUGGACAGACCUUUCCUCUUCCUCAUCAGACAUAACCCCACAGGUACCGUUCUCUUUAUGGGCCAGAUCAACCAGCCUUGAGCCCAGCCAUCACUGCUCAGCCCCUGGUACUGUAGUGUCAUAUACCAGCAUGGGAAAUGCUUCUCCACUGCCACACAUGAACACACACACACACAUACACACACACGGACAAACUUUGCUGUAGACUUAUGUACAGUGUGGACAUAUGUUAUUUGUUUUAAAUAUUGCUUUGUAUGUUACCCAUUUUCUGGAAGGCAUAACAUGCUUUAUAAAAUGUUUUGCAGACUAAAUUUUUCCAGCUGUUUUAAUUUUUUGUAUACUUUUUUGAAUUUAUUACAUUUUUAAAAGACUUUGAAUGUCAGUUGUGUGUUUUCUCAACUCUGGAGUAGGAUCGUCUGUUUGUUUACUGUCACUGUUUCAGUUUCAAAGUUCUCCAUCUCAAGUCACAUCACUCCAGCGUGUUCUAAGUUUCCUUCCUAAGUUAUGACAAUGUGCAUCACAUCUUGAACUCUAUGCAUUCAGCUACUUGUUUCCUCGCAGAGGAAUUCUUCUGUUAUCAUACUGGCUUCAUAUUUGAUCAAAUAAACACACAUAUUUAUAACAUCAA